CAUAUUCCUUCAGAUAAUGUAUAGAGUUGGCAUUUAUUAAUCUCUCCAGUCUGUUUCAGGGAAGUAAUGGCCACAGCCAACUUGCAGUUUCUCUUCUCCUCCUUUCUCCUUGCAGCUCUCCUCAUUGCAGGGACUGCAACUCAUUCAGAACUUCUACAUCAACAAGGAGGCUUCAAUUCAUAUCCAUCACAAAGAGUAGUAUCAGUUCAGGGUUCUUGGGUGCUAGAACAAUGGAGAUGGAGGAUGGAGAAAAUGGGGUUCAAGAAGAGAGAUGAUAGGGUCUACAGCCCCAACAUGCACAUACAAUGAAUGCAAAGGGUGCAAGUUCAAGUGCAGAGCAGAGCAGAUUCCUGUGGAUGGUAAUGACCCAAUUCACAGUGCCUAUCACUACAAGUGUAUGUGCCAUAGGUAAU